UCUUAGUCUUUGUUGGAGAAAUUGUCUUUGCAAAAUAGGAUAGCAAGUGUUGGGCUUUGUGAGAUUUGGGCUGUUGGACUGAUUCGCGGGUUUCGACUGAUUGGCUCUAUAUGGAAAGAGGUGGUGCUAGUGAAAGCUCUUUUGGAAUGUCUUCAAAAUGAUGGCCACCGAAAAAUCCAACUUCGACUGUGCAAGGUACGAGAACCGGCUACAGUGAUAUAAAAGUCUCGGGAGAUUUAAUAUGAUAUGGAGGAUAAUCUAACGGUGUUGGGUGCGGAAGGGAUUAUAAGGAAGGUUGAGUUUGUGAGGAUCAUGAUUCAAUGCCUAUAUUCCUUGGGCUACUCAAAGUCUGCUUAUUGUUUGGAAAUCGAAUCCGGGAUAAGGUGCAGAUCUGCGGAAUUCGAAUUGCUUGAAUCGCAAACUCUCAAUGGUAGUUGGGAUGAUUGUAUAAGUACGCUUAACUCGCUUGAGGAUUUGACCGAUGGCACGAGGGCGUCGGCUUUGUUUUUGGUGUAUAAACAGUACGUCAUGGAGUUUCUGAAACAGGGGAAUGAUUCUUUGGCUCUCGGCAUAUUGCGGAAAGAGAUUUCGACUUCAGGGCUUGAUAGAGGAAAAGUUCAGAAACUCGCGAGCAGUAUCCUUUCUUUAAAGGAAAUCAAGUUGUGUAGUAUGAAUGACAGAGCUCACGAGCCUCGGAAGAAUUUAUUGAUGGAGCUGGAAAAUUUGCUCCCACCGCCAUAUAUAUUGCCAGAAAGACGGUUGGAGAACCUGGUUGAAGCUGCUGUUACAUCCCAAAUUGACCGUUGCAUGUGCCACAAUUCAGUAGAUGCAGUUUCCCUCUAUGAGGACCACUGCUGCAAUGGGGAUCAGUUGCCAACCGUGACCAUUCAGAUUUUGACUGACCACAAAAAUGAAGUAUGGUUUGUACAAUUUUCUCAUGAUGGAGAAUACUUGGCCUCUUCAUCGAGUGACUGCAUGGCUAUCAUAUGGAAGGUGCUUGAAGAUGGUAAAGUAGCGCUGAAGCACAUCUUACAAAGCCACAAAAACCCUGUAUCUUUUGUAGCAUGGAGUCCCGAUGACACGAAGUUGCUCACUUGUGGGAAUGCAGAAGUUGUCAAGCUAUGGGACGUGGAAACAGGUACAUGCAAGCGUACAUUUGGAGAUCAUGACUUCAUUGUGAGCUCAUGUGCUUGGUUUCCCGACUCAAAACGACUUGUCUGUGGCAGUUCCCACUCGGAAAAGGGCAUUUGCAUGUGGGACUGCGAUGGGACUGAGAUAAAAGCAUGGAGAGGGACGAGGAUGCCCAAGAUUUUAGACCUUGCCGUCACACCAGACGGAGUAAAUCUUAUUAGUGUUUUCUCAGACAAAGAUAUCCGGAUAUUGAACCUAGUGACGAAUGCGGAGCGAGUCAUAUCGGAGGAGCAUCCUAUUACAUCACUUUCUAUAUCAGGGGAUAGCGAGUUCUUUAUCGUCAACCUAAACAGCCAGGAGAUUCACAUGUGGGAUGUUGCUGGGAAAUUCGAGAAAGCAGCGAGGUAUUUAGGCCACAAGCAGGACAAGUACGUGAUACGCUCCUGUUUCGGUGGGUUGAACAGCAGAUUUAUUGCCAGCGGCAGUGAGGAUGCACAGGUCUACAUAUGGAACCAACGGAGUCCUCAGCCGAUAGAGAUUCUGUCUGGCCACAAAAAGACCGUGAAUAGCGUGAGCUGGAAUCCUAGGAGGCCUCAAAUGCUGGCGUCGGCUAGCGAUGAUCAGACGAUUCGUGUAUGGGCUCCAUCUGGAUCCAAGAAGACACCGCGCUCGACAGCUUGAUAAAGUGAGAAGACAGUAAAUUUUGAACCCACUUGUACAUAGCUGUUGUUCCUUCGAUUUUAUUCAUCUGUAAAAUUUCCACAGCAUCUUCCACGCAUCUCUCUGAAAAAAAUUUUGGCGAACGUUUAUUUGUGCAGUGUUCUUGUAUCAUUCCUUCAUUUGUUCUCUGAUGAGAUGGUUGGAGCCGAAUAAAUGCAAUCUUCCAUGUUCCAUUGCAACAUUGUAAACGCUAUCUGUUGCUUGUCGGGACAGCUGCUCUUGUAGCUUUAGAAUGUGAUAUCUCCCUAACAA